UUUUGUUUUUUUCUUUUCGUGGCUUUCACAUCCAAGUUUGCACAUGCAUGCAAGUUAGUUGGCUGUUUCUUAUUUCAUGGUCAUUGCUGCUCAGCUUGCUGCUCAGCUACCAUGCAUCAUGCAAUUGUAUCUCCCACUACUACUACUACUGUUACUACUGAGGUGGAUGCAGCUGACACUUAAGAGGCUUUUCCUGUCUUGGGAGGAUGAGCUGGGCACUCCCAUGUGUGUGUUUUUUCUGGAAUAAUACAGUUGGGCUGGAUUGCAGGUUGGUGGCUAAAGCAAGUGGGCCACAACAUGUGGCUGAAUGUGUGGAGCAAACUGGAGGGUAUUGGAGAGCAUGCGUACUUCUUGGGUGGCAUCAUAUUUGUCUCCUGACCAAGAAUCCACCCUUCCACCGUGUACUCAUCGCAGUGCCUUCUUCAGCACAUGUCCUUGCAUGGUUUGCAUAAAGAUUUCCUUCCUGGGCUCGUCAGAAUGGCAGAAGAAGCGCAGGUGUACAGUAAAGACGUGGAGUGUCCGUUUCAGGUUGACAGUGUUGCUGCAUCCCUUACUGUGUGUGAUGACACAGGAAAGUGGUGGCAGGUUUCUAAUAUGGGACAGGAUAUUCAUUAGGCGAACGUGUCAUUUUGUGGUGCUUGACUGUCGUCUCGCAGGCAUGAAAGACCCUGCGAUGUGCUCAGUUUCACUCCGCGCCUACAUCUCAUAAUGUUGCUUUCACGAGCCUGUGUCGAGGAAAAUUCGAAUGAGGACUGACACAGCGCAGGUCAUCAGAAAAGUAAUUUACGUAAGGGUGGGCGAUAUGACACAAUACUUCCAGAUAGUUUCACGAGGUGAGGGAAAGGGGGAGGACCAGGAGGGCUCUAAAGAAAAGGCGCAGAAGCAGAAGAAGAGCAAAAAGGAGCAACAGGAUGUGGAGAGAGUGGAGGCCACCGUUUCCGCACCUCCCGCCAUCACUGCCCCGGCCCCGGCGCAGGCCGAUGACGGACAGCGAGCAGAGGCAGGACAGUCCGAACCCUCGGCACCUGUCGCUGAAGCCGCUCUUGGCACUGCAGAAGCUUCUUCCUCAGCUAAGCAGCGGCGUUCUAUCAUUCGGGACCGGGGUCCGCUGUAUGAUGACCCCUCGCUGCCCCAGGGCUGGACACGAAAACUGAAACAGCGCAAGUCGGGGAGGUCUGCUGGCAAAUUUGACGUCUACCUGAUCAACCCAGAAGGGAAAGCCUUCCGUUCCAAAGUGGAGCUCAUGGCGUACUUCCAAAAGGUGGGAGACACCACCACAGACCCAAAUGACUUUGACUUUACGGUCACGGGGCGGGGUAGCCCCUCCCGCAGGGAGAAAAGACCACCGAAGAAGCCCAAAGUGGUCAAGCCGUCUGGACGGGGGAGGGGCCGCCCGAAGGGAAGCGGCAAGGUACGGCAAGCCACAGAAGGUGUGGCAGUGAAGCGUGUGGUAGAGAAGAGUCCAGGAAAACUCCUCGUAAAGAUGCCCUUCGUGGCACCCAAAACUGAAGCAGGGACCCCUUCGGGGCAAGUUCCCAUAGCCAAACUGCGUCCGGGGCGCAAGAGGAAAGCAGAAAAGGAGCCACAAAGCACCCCCAAGAAGCGAGGCCGGAAGCCUGCCGCUGCCACUCAGGCCAUGGCUGGGGCGGGUUCCAGCGUGGCCUAUGCGGCCGCUGCCAUGGUAACGGCGGAAGCCAAGAAGAAAGCGCAGAAGGAGUCGGCGCCCAAGCCUGUGCAAGAAAAGGCGCUUCCCAUCAAGAAGCGCAAGACGCGGGAGACCAUGGAGGAGGCAGAGGGGUCCGCCGGUACCGUGACUGAGGCGACUGCGCCAAGCAGUGGCACAAGCGUAGCGAAGCGACCCGCGGCGCAAACGGCACCUCCUGCUGGAACAGAGUCAGAAACGGGACAAAAGCUUCACAAGCACUCGGCCCGGAAGCACAAAGAGGCACAGGAUCCCGGAAACGGAAGCAGUGGGAGCGGUGGCAGUGGACCGAAGAUCCACAAGAAGAGAGAUCAGCGAGGGCAACACUUCAAACACCUUCACCACCAUCACCAUCAUCACCAACACCACCUGCCAGUGAUGGAGCCUUCCACCUUCACCCCACAGGCCCACCAGCUCUCCCUUGGCCACUCCAUUCAAGGGGGGCCCCCGGCACCUGUUCCUCCACCCAUCCAGGCAGAGAAUGAGCCCCAGGACUUGAGCACCUCCAGGCCCAGGCAGGAACAACUAGCCUGUAGGGAGGAAGCCAGAACCGACAGCCGUGCGCCCAGAGACACUCCAUCAGCUGGCAAGAUGGUGGCCGCAGAGCUGCGAGCCCAGCAGCAGCAGCAGCAGCAGCAUGGCACUGUGACGGGGGAUGGGAAGGAGCUGAGAGACAUUGUUCCUCCCUCCGCCGUUCCCAGGCCAAGCCGGGAAGAAACGGUGGAGUCCAGGACACCUGUGAGUGAACGUGUGAGCUGACUGACUGACUGACAGACAGACAAACUGACCAAUCAGCAGCGACGGCUGUGUGUUGCGCGCAGGAAUAGAGGCACUCACAGGGGGAGGAGUCAUUUUUGAUUUCUUUCUUGUUAUGUUUUUUGUUUUUCUAACCAUGGGGGGAAAAAAACAAAACAAAAAAAAAUGUAAACGUACUUCUACAAAAGGCAGCUGUUGUGUCUAGUUCUCUUUGCGAGUUGGAAGCAGGGCGAUAAACUAUCGCUGACGUACUGCUUCCAGAAGAAUUCUAAGACCGUUUCUUUAAUUUGCCCGUUUUUUUUUUUUUUUUUUUUCUUUUUCAGUUCUUUGUAUUAAUAUAAAGAGCUUAGGAACCAUGUGUUAAAACUUUUUCAGAGCUUCUAGGAAAAUAGCAAGACACUGAAAUAGCAAUGGAUGCACAAGUUAGAGUUCUUGGGGACACAAUUUUAAACCUAAUCUUUCCUUGCCAGAAAUUAUGAAUUGCCUCACUCAGCCCUAAAAAAGUUUUAUUAGGUCAUCUUAAUCUUCCUUUCUUUCAUUUUUUAGAGGUGACUAAUAAAUGAAGGCAGUCUGGCCAACUUCGCGAAGAGUUUUGAGGCAAGUUUGGAGUCGGGGGGCCGGGGGGCGCAGGAGGACAGGGCCACACUGCAACUCCCUCACCUGUUUACACAAAUAUGGACAACGAAUGCUGUGGCACUUUCAGCUAUGUUGUAGGCAGAAAGGCUAGUCAGACAGUGAUGGACAAGAGCUUCCUGUUGGUAGGGUUCGUAGGAUGGGAAGAUGAAUGCGUUUCGGCCCAUGAAGAUCUCUGAGACAUCAAUCAUGCUCAAGGAUGGCUGGUUGAGUUCUUAACCCAAAUGUCUUUUUUUCUGUCCCGCUGGUAUUUUAAGUACUGAGACGUGGAAAGAAAUUUCUCGAAUGCUGAGUAAUGUAAUUAACCUUACCACCCGUUUCAGUACCGCCGGAUAGAAGGCCAACUAUAGUGGGAAGAGUUCUCUCUAUUAUAAUUUGCUAUGGGGAGAAUAAAGCACAAAUUUAUUUGUGAGGAAACGAUGAAAGCACAGUCCAAAGUAGUGCGUGAGAUGAGCAGUUCAUGUAAAAGGAUCACUGAAAUGACAUUCUGAAGCUCAACACAUUUCCUAUAUUGCCACACACACACACACACACACACACACACACACACACAUACACAU